AUGAGCUGAGACUCGCGGCUGGUUGGAGAGCUGGUGACAAACACUCCGGAUUUGCCCCUCAAACGCCUAGCAAUAACCUGACCGUGACUCGCUUAACUGCUUAAAUUCCUCAGCAGCGUUUAUCCUCGAAAGUAACAGAGGAGCCUAUAUUAUUUCAGGAGAGAACGGGAAGUUGCCAAACAAUGGACACGGAGAGCGCGUUUUAUCGCUGAAUGUACACGGACCGGGACUGAUGUUUUGCAAAGACUGCUGCUGCUGCUGCUGCUGCACGGAUCGGGCCGUGGAGUCACUAAGCGAAGGGAAGCGACAGAAGAAGUCAAAGAGACGGCGCUCAACAAAGGAGAGCAAAGCAGGACGCGUGUGUGCAGAGAAGCAGUGCCCUAGAUCUGAAUAACAUCUUAGUUACUCUGUUAUUCAGGCUUCUUUCAUGCUGUUUCGGACAGCUGUUUCUCAACCCGCACCUGGAAAAACAAAGGGAAUGCAUUCAGUGGCAGCACAUCUCCAUGCGUAAAUGGAGACGCAUCUGCGCGCUUUCGCUAUACUUUUUCAUUAUGCGUACAAUAAAUUAUGUUUGUUUUGUCACUAACUCAUGUCACGUCCCAUGACAACACUGGUAUAUAUGCAUUAUAGACUUCCUCAUACUUCAUAUCUGCCAUGAGUGAUGGCGAUGCCUGCAGAAUCUGACAGAACCGGUGCGCAGAGCAGCACUCAUGAAAAAAACUUCAGCGCACCGGAUCGCAAUGGUUAUGUGAAAACAUGUGUCAUCCCACUGUGCCGUGACCGAGAUUACGAGUCGUGGGUGAGGCUAAUGUUCACAAAAAUAUGGAGUUCCCAGAGACUCCGGAGUGCGGUGUGUGUGGGGUCGCUUUCGGUUUUUCUCGCUCUGUUGGUCAAAUGUGCAGACUGGAAAGCAGCAGCCAGCAGCAGCGCUGACAACAGUCUCUCGCAUUCCUCGUCUCCCAUUCACUUCGUUUCAGGCUGCGCUGCGGAGCUGUUGCAAACUUGUUGGAGUGUUGUUUCCCCAUUGUUUACCCUCGUAUGUGCCUUCUUUUGGGUCGGUGUCUACUUAAUCCGCUGCGGAGCUCUAAUCCAGACCGCCCUCUCCCUCCUAACCUUGUGCCACCUGGGCGAAGCAGCGGCGUGGUCUCUCCUGGACGGGACAGAUGAGCAGCUGUUUUCAUUCACGACAGCAGCCGUGGUCGUGCUCAUCUGCGUGGCCACCGGCGCACUCAUGGUAGCACGGCUGAAUCAGGGCAUAUCUGUGAUCGUUUUCAUUAGCCUUGUCAGGACUAUUUCACUCUUCUCACUGCAAAAAGUGCGGGCCACUUGGAGACCGUACGUAGCGUACCUGGUUGGAGUGCUGGGCAUCCUGCUGGCGAGGUAUGCUGACAAGCUCCUUCCCAACCAAGGGAGACACAAGGAGGGCUGCACCCCUGUGACUGGAGCCAGGGAAGAGAUCCCUGUAUUUAAAAGGCGCAGGAGGUCCAGUUCUGUGAUAGCCUCAGACAUGGCAAACAGUCAGUCCAAUAGUAAGUCACAUCGCCGGACCUCUCUGCCAUGCAUCCAGAGGGACCAGAUGCUCCCCCGCUCGGAUUGGGACCACAAGAGAGGCUCCCGAGGAUCACAGUCAUCAGGCACCACUGUUAUGGUGGACAUAGCAGUGAUGGGAGAAGCCCACGGACUAAUCACAGACCUGCUGGCUGACCCCUCACUGCCCCCUAACACCUGCACCUCACUGCGGGCCGUCAGCAACCUGCUAACCACCCAGCUCACCUUCCAGCCGCUGCACAGGCCACGCCCUACUUCCCUGCUUAACCCCAGCGAUGCCUACACCUUCUCCGACUCAGAGGAGGGACCUGAGAAAGGAGAGAAGACGUCCAUCCAUAAGCGUCUGAGGCGGAGUCUCCACCCCGGUCUUUUGAGGAGGAUCUCUUCCACGUGGACCACCACCACCUCCGCCACAGGCCUGCCCAGCAUCGAGCCCGGGCCCGUCCGAAGGGACCGCAGCGCCAGCAUCAAGCCCUACCAUGAAGCACUCACCUGCAGCUGUGGGAGACCAUACAUCAGACUGGGCCAUGGGGAGGGUUCUAUAGACAAGGGAGACAGGAUACCACGCUCAGCAGAGGACCAAGUGUUGGUGUCAUCAGACUAUGAGAGCACCCACGAAGCCAACCACAGUGACAGCAGUGAUGUAGCACACACAGAGGAGGACACAGAGGAAGGAAAAAACCCAGCACAGAAUGUCAUCCUCCACCCACUAAUACCUCCUGAGGACAAACCAAUGCUGGCUCCAGAGCCAUUAGUAAUGGAGGACUUAGAGCCUUUAAUGAGUCAGCUAAAUAAUUGGAACUUCCCCAUCUUCAGUUUGAUGGAAAAGACCAAUGGGAAAUGUGGACGGAUCCUCAGUCAGGUCUCCUACAGGCUCUUUGAAGACACUGGCCUGUUUGCAACCUUCAAGAUUCCUGUACAUGAAUUCAUGAACUACUUCCAUGCCCUUGAGAAUGGUUACAGAGACAUACCAUAUCACAACAGGGUCCACGCCACAGAUGUGCUGCAUGCAGUCUGGUACCUCACCACACAGGCUGUGCCUGGUCUGCCCAGCCUUUUUACUGACCACGGCUCUGCCAGUGACUCAGACUCUGACAGUGGAAUAACACACAGUCAUAUGGGCUUCCUGGUUUCAAAGACCUACACUGUGUCAGAAGAUGGUUACGGCUGCCUGUCAGGCCUCAUACCUGCUCUGGAGCUCAUGGCCCUUUAUGUGGCUGCCGCAAUGCACGAUUACGACCACCCCGGGAGGACCAAUGCUUUCCUCGUGGCCACCAGCGCCCCACAGGCAGUGCUCUACAAUGAUCGGUCCGUUCUCGAAAACCACCACGCUGCCUCAGCCUGGAACCUCUUCAUGUCGCGGCCAGAGUACAACUUCCUCGUCAACCUGGAUCACGGGGAGUUCAAGCGUUUCCGUUUCCUGGUCAUUGAGGCCAUAUUGGCCACUGAUCUGAAGAAGCACUUUGACUUCCUGGCUGAGUUCAAUGCCAAGGUGGGUGAUGAUCCAUCCACAGGUAUUGAUUGGUCUAACGAGAAUGACAGGUUGCUGGUCUGCCAGAUGUGCAUUAAACUGGCGGACAUCAAUGGGCCUCUGAAGUGCAAGGACCUGCAUCUGCAGUGGACAGAGGGCAUUGUCAACGAGUUCUACGAACAGGGUGAUGAGGAGUCCAGCCAGGGCCUUCCCAUCAGCCCCUUCAUGGACCGAGCGGCACCACAGUUGGCCAAACUCCAGGAAUCGUUCAUCACACACAUCGUGGGACCACUGUGCAACUCCUAUGACUCAGCCAACCUUAUGCCUGGACGUUGGGUGGAACCCAACCUAGAGGCAGAGGAGCCAGAGCUCACGGAGAAUGAGGAUGAUGAGGAUACUGCAGAGGAAGACACGUCCACCAGCUCAGAAGCAUCACAGAAAGGAACUUCCAAGAAGAGAAGGAAAGUGUUCUGCCAGAUCACCCACCACCUGCUGGAGAACCACGAGAUGUGGAAGAAGGUGAUUGCAGAAGAGGAGGCCCAAAAACAUGGCCAAGUAGCAGAAUCUGUCCAUUUAAACAAUGUAGCUGAGCCAAUUCUGGCAAUUCACGAGGAGGAAGAGGAGCCAGGCAGCAAAGAGGAGCUAGUUGAAGGAGAGGAUCCAGAGGAGGGAGUGGAGGAACCAGAGUGGCCUGUGUCUCCGCAGGAAAACUCUAAACCUUCAGAGGAACUAGCGGAGGGGGACCCACACUGAAACAGCCCAUGGGAAAUAUGGCAUCAGUCAGGGCAAGGACGUGAAGAAGUAUAUCUUGUUUUCGUAUCCUAUCAACUGACUCCUGUCUCCUGCCAGCACAUCACUUAGACACAACACUGUAGAUGUUUGGGAAAUGUGUGCCUAUACAGAAAAAAAACAGAGUGGGAAAAUUUGUGCUUACACAUUUUAUCUGAAUAUCUUGUUUCACCAAACAUUUAAAGGAGCUUUCCAUAUUGCAAUACAGGAUUAUUUGUGUACUUUGGGAUACAGACUCUUUUGCUACUGUCAAGAGAAGAGGAAGACUGCUUGCACAGACCUCAAUCCAAUGUGGUAACACAGGACUGCAGAAAUUUGCUGCCAAUUUAUACAUUAUUUUCUGAAUGCAAUUAUAAUAUAUAUAGAUCACAGUUACUUGUACUUGUGUUUCAAUUUUAGCAAGAGUUUUUGAGGUCUCACAUGGGCCAUACUGUUUAUAUAUAUAUAUAUAUAUAUAUAUAUAUAUAUAUAUAUAUAUAUAUAUAUGGAUUAUAAAGGGAGUCAAUCAAAUGAGGAACAUUGGCGUAUCUUUUAUUCCUUUCAACUUCUGCCAAAAUGAAUCACUCACUCAUAGGCUUUAGCAUAUGAAGUAAGUAUGAAAAAAUUGUUUUACAUUUGUCGCCAUAUUAAGUACUUUUGGUGUAGCCAUAUUACUUUAAGGAAGGAGACUCAAGGCUUCUUACACUCUGUAUUUGUGUGUGCGCGUGUGUCUGCAUGUUUAAAUCAGUGCGCCUAAAUGCACAGUUCUUCUGCAGAAGACAGAUAGAUUCAGCAGAUUUAUUUUUGCCAUCUCUCCCCAAGGUAAAUAUAGUGGUCAUUACAGGAUUCACUGUCCCAAAUGUUGCAGCACUGACAAAGCAGCAGAGGGUUGUUGGAAAUGAAUCUGUGCUGAGUACAAGACCAAAAAGGGAAUACCAGUACAGAGAACAUACACUAACACUACCAAAGUGUUAAGGGGAAAUAUCAGGGGAAAAACAACAAAACAUGUAACCCUGCAUUCAUAAACAUACAGAACCAGAAAGCAUAAUCUAUUCAACAGAAAAUUAUUCAAAUGUAUAAUCCUACAAAGUUCUUUGAAAAUGUCCAUAGGUAGACUAACUAAUACACUUUUUUCUUUGUCUUUUCUAUCAAUUUUUGACUCUCUGACUAUGUAUUUGGACUCAGUGUGCUGUAUUAUUAUUACUCACUGGUCCUCAUUGUGUAAAAACCUGCAAACGAUGCUGACCUUUAACCCUCAGGAACACCUCAACUGUUUAAAUUUAAAGUAAACACCUGUAUCACCUGUGAGGACAGUAAGUUACAAAUAUGCAGAGAUAGUAAGCUAGUUUAUAAUGUGUUCAUAAAAGGCUUAGAACAAGGCUGAAGCUUAAGUCACAACCCCCCUGCUUUUCUGCGUUGACUAUUAAACUGUAACAUCUUCGCAGAUAAAUACAGUGAAUCUGCAGUCAGGACUUCAGAGUGCAUCAGUUGGAUGGAGUUCCUAAAGUGAAAGUCCAAUCUGAUAAGGCUUUGAGAGCCGAAACAAAAAUCUCUGAGGCUAACUACUGUAGCAGUAUUUACGCCAGAAAAAAAUAUGCUUUUCUUUAAUGUAAAGGAUAUGCAUUGCAGUAAAGGUUAGCUUUUCAAUAAUGGCCAAGAUGACUGUGAUGGCAGCAUGUGGUAUUUAAUCACUUUUACUCUUUGAAACAUCAAUUUUGUGUGUAAGUGUGAGUAAAACGGACAUUUAAAGAGAAAAUGGCGAUUAUUGUUAAUUGUUAUGGUAAUGUGUGUCACACUCAUGUAUGUAUAGAGAGACAUACGUUUUCUGGAUGACUUACCUUACCAAUAGAAGUAUGAAGCAAUUAAAUCCGAAAUUCUCAAUUCCUCUCUAGCAGCAAGGCAACGGACAUAGCGCCCAAAAGACAUCUCAUCAUGCUUUUUACUACUCCACUGCUUAUUUGUUGCAAAACCUCACCUCAGUGAGUCUGCGACUUUCUGCAAGUUGGUUUAUAAGGAAGUUUAUGUGGAAGUUAGCCCGCUACAAUGAUUACAGUUCUUUGCAAUGGCAAGAGUACACAAAAAAAUGGCUGCCACUCCGACCAUCCUGCUAUGUUGAUUUGAAUGGGAAUGUCUGUUCUACUCUCAUUCUAUUUCUAUGGUUCUGACAUUUAUCUCCUUGUGAAUUUUGGCCCUAAAAAUUUGUGUAGCCCCUACUUUCAAAACACCAUGACGUAAACCAAUUACAUAACAAACUGCACAGUAGCUUGAGCAGGAUGCCAAAUUUCACUUUGCUUCAAUAAUUCACAUUUACAUAGAAAACGUGUUUGAGAGAGCAUAUGUAGAUCUUGAUUGAAGCAAUAUGUAAAUGAUCCACUGCUAAUCUUGACGAGUUUUCAUGAUCUACAUGCACCUGAAUCUUUUAUGCACUGGUAUCUCAUCUCAUAUAUGUACCACUGCUGUCCUCUAUAAUCUCAUUUCUUUAAAGUGAUUUUCAAAAAAACUGCACAGCACACAAGUCAACCUGUAGACAGGAUAUGAUAGAGCUUCCUGUGAUUAAAAUUACAUUGGGUAUUGAACACCAUGUCCUUGUAUCCGUGCAGAUCCUCUGAUACUCUAUUACCACACAAUGUUCCUGGCUGUGGUGAAUUGCGCACUACGCCCGUAAUGGCCUGUUAACUGCUGCCCUGACUCUGCUACAGUGUGGAGGGGGGGGACUUAGGAACUGCAGCUGAGGCCGCACAAGUUGAAGAUAAUUAGUUGAACCACUGAUUAGACAGAGAAUCAUUGUAUAUCAGGCCAAACUUGUUAACAGCUACAGAAUCAGAUUUUUUUUUUACUGGCCUCUAAUGAUCGUGUGUUGCCUCACUCUUUGUAUCCUAAACAAAAUGCCUGCUGUUUUCUGUAUGUUGUCUGCAAUUCAUACCUAAUAUAGUCAUUAUUACAGACACAAUGAAUACAUUUUAUUCAGCUUUUGAAAAACCUGAUGACAUAUUACAAAUGUUAUGCCAAGCUAUUCAAUACAACACAGACAGCUUAACCAAAGUGGUCCAGAUUUAGAAAAAAACAUCUAUCAUUCAUGUGUGUAACUUCCACUUCUAGGUCUAUUUCAGCCUCCAAGUUCUACAAUUAUAUAAUUACUUAUUAUUAACUCAAACUCUCCAAUGCUUCUGCUUUGUGAAUGUAUAAAUACAGUAUGCAGUGUGCGUGAGAGAGCAAGAUAUUGUGUUUUUGUCUGUGUCUAUUUACAUUCUUUUAUUGGCCUCUCUAAGGUGACUCUGUCUUGUAUUUAGAGGCUGCUUUUACUCACAAGUACAGUAGAGGUGGUGAAAUAAUGAAGGGUAAAGUGAUGCAGUAAAUUGUGUUUCAAUUCUUCUCACAUACUCAGAUGAAAUUGUUAUUCGCAGAAGGUCCUAUAGCAUAUUUCUCCUUGUGCUUCCUCUUUGAUCUGUCAAGUGCUUUGCCUACAGAGCAGAGAUCCUCACUUGCAACAGUAGUAGAGCAUUCAUCACACAACGUAUCUCAUCUUUAAAGGUGAUGAGAUUCUGUCUACUGUGUUAUUUUGUUGAUGAUCUUUUUAUUUAAUUUUUUUUAGAGUGGACUAUGUAUGCAUUUUGCCCCAGUCACAUCAGUCUUAAGUCAUUACUUGCGUUUGAGCUGAUACAGUAUAUCAGCAUUGAUAGUGUAUUUUUUAUUUCUUAAUUGGUUUUAUUUGAUUGUCAUACUUAUUCACACAUGUAGCAUACGUAACUCUCAGAACCAAACAAGCUUUACAAUUAUGUAAAACAAAAAUGAGAUGAGUAUUUUUAUAUAGUUGACACAUGAUUAAAUAAUUGCUUUCUUCUCACUAGUACCUUGCACUUACCACAUGUACUAAUACAUACACAAGGAAGAAAUUGUCCAAAUACACAGUAUUUGUGAAAGUAAAACCAUUAAUUUUCUUGCAGGUUGAUGCUCCAUUUUGUACAAUAUACGUAUAUGCUGUACAGUAAAGACAUUUUAAAACUACAAAAACUCUUUUAGAUAUACAUUAUUUAUUUUUACCAUUUUGUAAUUUAGACACUAUACUGUAGCUUCAAUAUUGCCAGACUUACUGGAAGUGCCUAUAUUGGUAUUAUGUAUCAUACAGUGAAUAUAUUUGAAGAUCGUUAGAAGUUGUCACAAACUGAACCAUGUGGAUGUUGUAAUGUGAAUACAUUGAAUUACAAGACUAUAAUUUC